CCGAAACAAACGUUGAAAUGACAGGGGGCCAGUUUGUGGACAAGGCAAUCAUUAUAAAUAUUGUUAAAACGUCUUGGGAAAAAUAGUUGAUCAUUAACAUUAAGACAAAACAGUGCAUCAUGGUUAAUUUGAACGAUUGAUAGUGCAAGCCAAUGCCAAUGUUUCGUGCGAAUUGUUGACAUGGAAUUUAAACAAAAAAAAAAUUGAUCUAGGUUAUCAACGACUAGCAGAGUGAGUACUCUUGGUUUAUUUCUUAAUAUUUUCGUGUGUAAACCACCACUGGGUGGAAAGGAUGUAUAAUGUGCUAUUUGUCAAUGCCUUCUCUUAGUGUAACAGAUUGGCGACAUCAUGGCCCCCUCUCAGUUUUAUCGUUAGUCUACUUCUGUAUUCAAAUCUGGCAUAUUAAUUUUGAACCACUUCCUUAAGACCAAAUGAGAUGAAAAAAAAAAAAAAAAAAAAAAAAUGGUUAUGGAAUUGGUGCACUUCACUUUUAUUAAUGAUUUUACGGUUACAACUAUGAAAUUUUGAGGGACAUUUAUUUUAGUACAUAUUUGGAAAAGCAUAUUUGUUCAAUAUUAUUAUAUUUUUUUUUUAAAAUACAUAUAUUAUUUUUUUUUUAAAUUUAAAUCUUGGAGUGAUGUAUUUUUACAUCAGAAAGUGGGCUGAGACCAAUGAAUAAAAAUGUUAUGGCACCCAUCAAUUGCAAUGUCUUGAUAGGUCAGUGGUGACCUGUUUGUGGUCAUUUUUUUUUUUUUUUUUUUUUUUUUUUUUUUUUUUUUUUUUUGUUCUCAUCGUUGAUCGUUAUAGGUAAAGAGUAAUCCGGCAUAAGGAGACGCUGAAGAGAAAGCACGAUGUCUCAAUCCCUUUCCGUUCCUAAGAUAUCCGCAGAGGUCACAAGGGUCAGUUUUAGUGACUCAUGACCUGAUGAUCGUCGUGUGUUGUAUUGCCUUCCAGGGUGGGUAAGUUUAAAAAGUUUCAGCUCCUUUGGUAAUCAGGUAACCGGCCAAAAAAUGAGAUGCACUAUAGAGGUCACUCUAGGGUGCGGGGAAUCACUGUGUAGCUUCUCAACAUGAAGGACUUUAUUUUCGUUCUAGUUGGGUAAGUAGGCCAAGUUUAAGCUCAUUUGGACAUCAAGAAGUGGGUCAAGCUUGAGCUGCAAUUUAGAGGUCUAUCAGGGAUAAAUGGAGAAAACUGAUAACCUGGGUAUCAUGAAUAUUUUUAUGGUCAUCUGUGGUAGGCAAUUGUACACCGGUGGAAUUAAUUUGACGUCAGAAUGGGAAUCAAAUUUGAGAUGCUUGAUAAAUGUCUGUGAGUGGUAAGUGAAGGUCAUUAUAUCCCACUAAUCAUAUUUUUUUUUAAAGUAGGUGUUCAACAUUUAAGCUUGAAUGGACUCGGGAAUUGAGUCAUCAAAGAUACAAACAAACAAACUCUAUGAUAAAACAAACUAUAAAAACCAUAUAAAAAAUACAAUUUAAUCAACGAAAUUUAUUUUAAUUUAACUUUUGAUUUAUGUUGACAUCACUGCUGUGAAUCACAAAGUGUGUAGCUAUGACGCUGUGAAUCAAGAAGUGAGUAGCUCUGACGCUGUGGCACACGAAGUGAGUAGCUAUGACGCUGUGAAACACGAAGUGAGUAGCUAUGACGCUGUGAAACACGAAGUGAGUAGCUAUGACGCUGUGACACACGAAGUGAGUAGCUGUGACGCUGUGAAACACGAAGUGAGUAGCUAUGACGCUGUGACACACGAAGUGAGUAGCUCUGACGCUGUGACACACGAAGUGAGCAGCUAUGACGCCGUGACACACGAAGUGAGUAGCUAUGACGCUGUGACACACGAAGUGAGUAGCUCUGACGCCGUGACACACGAAGUGAGUAAAUCUGACGCCGUGACACACAAAGUGAGUAGCUAUGACGCAGUGACACACGAAGUGAAUAGCUAUGACGCCGUGACACACGAAAUGAGUAGCUAUGACGCUGUGACACACGAAGUGAGUAGCUGUGACUAUAAUUUAAUUUUUGAUAAAUCAAAACACCAGAAAAGUAAACAGUGACAACAAAUUUAACAAAUCACUUCGACAAGGCCACUUUAACAUUUAUAUUCUUUUUUUUCAGAAUUUUUAAGAAAUAGAAAUUUAUACUGCAUUUUCUCUCUUUUCUUUUUUAUGGCACAUAUUUUUGACAACAAAUUUAACAAAUCACUUCGACAAGGCCACUUUAACAUUUAUAUUCUUUUUUUUCAGAAUUUUUAAGAAAUAGAAAUUUAUACUGCAUUUUCUCUCUUUUCUUUUUUAUGGCACAUAUUUUUGAUGCAUUUAAAAAAAAUGAUAUGUGUUUAUUUUAAUGGAAAAAAAAAUCAGUAUCUGAACAAAAUAAAUAAUAGAGGAAGGUAAUUUUUUAAAAUUAAGCCGUACUUCCGCCCGAAAAAAAUUAAUAGCAAAGAAACACUGUGUUUAUGAACAAAACAGAAACACUUAAUUUACGCGGGCGGAGAUCGUGUGGAUGCGUAAACGAUUAGCAAGACAACAAGGUCAAUAUGGUGACUUAUUCCCCUUGCCGAUACGUUGACCGUGCCGGCACGCUCUUGAACGAUAUUUGUGGCAUUGCCUACCGUUUCCAGCAGAUUUCUUUGUUUUCACGCGUUGCCAGUAGGUGCGUGACUGCUACAAGAAUGUAUCGGCAUGUUCACUUGUCAUCUCUUUCUUCUCCAACUUUUUGUCAUGGUCAAACUACGGUAACCGUUUCCAGCAGAUUUCUUUGUUUUCACGCGUUGCCAGUAGGUGCGUGACUGCUACAAGAAUGUAUCGGCAUGUUCACUUGUCAUCUCUUUCUUCUCCAACUUUUUGUCAUGGUCAAACUACGGUCCGCGGUCCAGAAGCAGAUUGUCGAGGGGUCCUUAACCCGGCAUAUUUGACUGUCUUACUGGCACCCUGGUAGCAAUGACAAUAACAAAGUUAAACCGGGCAUUGGCCAAAAUAAGCUCAAACUUACCAUUGACGUACUAAAAAGCUUUAUGUUUAUUGACGGAUAUUUUUUUUUUCAAUGUAAUUAUUGCACUGCUUCAUCCUGUUUCUUUAUUAUUCUUUUUUUUUUUUAUUUCUUUCUGUUCACUACAAAAUGCGAAAUGUGCAGUUGGUUUAGGAAUACGUUAAAACUUUAGAUUGGAACAGAAGCUGAGGGACAGUGGAGCCAGCCCUUGACUAAAAAAGGGCCCCCGAGUCUGUGUUUUCAAUCAGACUUACCAAGGUGGAAAAAUAAAACUAUUCAUAAAGUAUACACGUUUACAUGGGGAACAAAAUUAUGUUUUAGUUAAAAUGCCGUUAGACAAUUAAGCUUCAAAAACAAAUGAUAUCAUUUUUUUUUUUUAUUUGUAAUAGUUCUCUGGGAAUUUACUUCAAAUAAGCAUGAUCAUUAAAUUCGUCAACAUAAUAUUUUUAAUGAACGCGUUUCAGAUUUUAAGAACCGCGAUAAAAAUAUUCCCGGCCUGUUGGAAAAUACCCAAACGGCAUCAUUGAGUUAGAAGAGGUAACUCUUUGAAUGUAGGACACAUGUUGCUUCAUGUGGUAUUUAUCUGUAGGCAAAAAGCACUAAGGUUAAAAAAGGUGCCCAUCUCCUUGUUUAUCAUUUAGAAUUUUCAUUAACAUUAUCUUAAUUUCUUGGUGACUGGUUUGCCCAAUGGUCUAAACUAAGCAAACCUCAAGCUGGUGGUUAAAUUCCAGCCAAAGGUCAGUCAAGCUAAAGAAUCACCCCGUGUGGUUGAGACUGGUUGACCUUGGUUGGCAACUCAUCUAAGAGAAGGAAACUGUGAAUUCAAACCUGGAGUUGGAGCCCCGUAACGCGCGUAUAACGACAAUUCCUGCAACAGCACCCAUCAUUAGUCGUCUUGAAGUAGAGUCUUGCCACUGGAUAUGGUGGGCCCGGAUGAGAGAGUGAGGCUGACGCCACGCAACUCUUCCUCACUUUAAACAAAAGUCACCCGCGCAAGUCACUCGAUGGUCAUCGUCGAGCUUUGACGGACGAACAAUAAUAUAAUUGGUUGGUUAGCUCUUUAAACUACACAUUUCCUUUUUCGUCUUCAACUAGCUCAGGAGUCCCCCAAAUGUUUUCACCGCAGGCAGGAUAACUUAGAAAAUAACGAGCGUGGGCUCUGUAAUAAUUAUGUAUAAGACUUGCAAGCCAGAACGAAAGCUCUGGGUAAAAAGACGAAAAAACUAAGUUUAGUGUUUCAUGUUCAUCAUGGCUGAGUGGUGUGCAAGGAAUCAAAACAAAAACUACCAAAAAAAUGUAAUUACUAAAAAAAAAUUACAAAGAAAGGUGACGUUAGCUAAGAAGAUAGUUACCUCAGACCUAGAGCGCACAUAUACGAAUCUCACAAUCUAAGCAGCUAAAAUAUUGGGGACAUUUCUUCUUCUUCUUUAUUUUGAGGGCCCACGAUCAAUGAAUUGAUCAUUCUGACGUUUGCCUUUUAAGUUAUGAUUAAUUUUUUUGUUUGCAAUCGCUGCAUCCAAUCAAGAGGAUUGCUUUCAAAUAUUCAUCAGCCAAUCUCUUUCGAGGUGUUAACUUCACAUAUUUCAGCUUUGAACAUUUUUUAAGAUCUGAAAAUCUCUCCAAAAAAUUGCUUCUUCAAGUGGCGAUUAACUUUUUUAGGAAAAUCAUCUUCGUCAAUUGUAGCGCAAAUCUUGAGGAAGCAGUGAAAAUGAGAAAAUGUUUCUUCUUCAAUUCGUACUUCAAUGACAGACUUCUCCAAAAUCCUUUGGUGAUUUUGUAUAGAUGACAGAUAAGGUUAUCCUUUACCUAGACAUUCAAGUUCUCAUCUCCUCACAUUUUAACAUAAUUUUAACAUUGUACCACAACGUUUCAUAUUUGAUACGUUGUAUCAAGCCAUUUUAAGUACAGUCGGUGGCUCGGAUGAACUGACGUCACGGGCUAGAUCAGUCCCACGGGCUGUAGUUUGGUGAUCCCUGAUUUAUAGCAAUUGGAUUAAAUCUUUAUAUGAAUUCUUCUAUGUUUUCGAAGCCAUUCAAUUUUCUCAUUGUAAGUUCAUUGAUGCUGGCAUCAUGUUUUUCUCCUAUAUGAUACGCUUGACUGACAUCUCUUUUUUUUUUGACUGGAAUGAAGUAUGAAGUUAAAUUUUUGUUUUCUCUUUAAACACUGUUUAAGUAAAAUUUAUGAAUUUAUGAACACGCGGAAUAUGAAAAAAAAGAUUAUAUCAUCCAUCCGUCACAAUGUGUCGAUGGUGUAGACUUCCUAGGACGAAACCAAAAGGCGUGGGGAUGUUUUCUUUAGGAGGUUAAGCUGGCUCCAUAGACAACACAACGGCUUCUUCACGUACCUGGAUACCACAGUGGGAAGAUAACAAGCGGUUGAUACAGUUUGAAAAUAGUUCAACUUUCAGGUCGUUUCUGUAACUGUUUGCAAUCUGCACUCUGCUUCAAAAAUUCUUUUUAAAAAUACGAAAGUUUGUCUUUUUAUAUUGAAAAAAUUAUGUUUAAUGCGAGUUCUUUUUUUUUUCUCAUCGAUCUCGUGACAUUUACUUCUAUAGGUGUUGUGUUAUUCGUUUUAUUAGCUCAUUAUAAUCUCCUUAUUUUAAUGAUUGAGCUCAUCUAGUAACGAGUUCAUCUCUCUUGUCUUCCUUUUCUCGAUCAUUCCUCUCUAUUCCGUUUUUUUUUUCUUUUCUUGUUUACGUUCAUCUUUUUUUUUUCAACAUAUGUCUUUAAUUCACCCCUCCUUUCUAAGCCCACGACUUUGCUAAUCUCUAUCACGUCAGUGGGAAAUUCUUUUUCUUUUCAAACGUAUGUUUUCCCGUAUGUGAUGUUACAUGGACAUUAUAGUGUAUUAUGUGUUUAAGUUAUAUAUUUAAAACAAGCCAUUCAGUUUUUUAAAAUCAAAUGAAAAAAAACAAAAAACAAUGCACACGAGAGAGGGUAUACAUGCAAAUACGUUAAAAAUGCUAAAUGAAAAGUGAAUGGAUUAACAGUGAUGUUUGUAAACAAUAACAUAUAUCACACUCGGAGGACUAGAUCAAAACAAGACACUAUUGGUGAAAGAUUGAUAGGAGAAACAACAACAGAAAUCAGGACAAGUAAUAGACGGCAAAGCCGAUUGUUGAUGAAUGAUAAAACAGUCAUGAAUGAUUAAAAUACUAUAAUUUGCACGUAGGCUAAACAGAAAUAAUAAAAUAAUAAUAAUUUUUUUAUAUAUGUAUUCCAUUAAGUUUGUUUAAUUUAUUAUCAGCAAUAAGCGUUGUGGAAGAUUUAAUUUGAAAAAAAAACGGACCUUUUGACAUACACUGAUGAGAAAAAUUGAGAACGCUUCCACAUAUGUAAUAACUGCUUCAAAGUUUCUAAGAAACGACUAAUCUUAUCACAAUGAAAUGUAUCAGAAAUAUAUCACAAUCACAAAUUAUUGGCUGUGUUUCUUCUUUAACUUGGCCAUAGACAGAACGUUGUUCAUAAUGACAAGUUUAAGUAAGCAAUAAUUUUCAAUACACCUGUAAGAGUCUUUUUAAAUUUUCUGAAAUAUCAUUGUUAUGUGUAUUCAUAAAAUAAUAGAUUUCUAUUUUAUUUUAAGUUCCAUAACUCAAUACGUCACAGAGAAAAUAAACAAAUCUAUUUACAAUUGUAUUUGAUUAAGAAGAGUAAUUUAAAUUGGUUUACACAAACAAGUAAGCUGUCUCUGCUUAACAAUCACACCAGGAGAAAAAUGUCUCAAAUAAUUUUUUGUUAUCUUAUAUUACAGAUAAUCAGGUGAUCCAGUUACACCAGUUCUCUUCAAAUCCUAUAAAUAUAAAAGAUACAGAAAAUUGUAUCUGAUGGAUCUUGCAACAAUGAUUGUGCUUUCGAAAUCAAACAGGCAUUUGUCUAGGAUAGACAAAGAAACUUUUCAGUAUUUUUAUUUCAUAAAGUGGCUUUUCCUAUUGAUCGCUAUUGGCGUUUCUAACUCAAAUGCAUCAUUUCUUCAAAACUUCUCAACACGAAACUUUCAGCAGCCCUCUCUAUACAACACGGCUUCAAUAGAAAGAAGAGACAAUUUUAACGUUCAUCUAGAAAAAGAUGUGGACAGUUUAGGAAAACAAAUUGCUAAUCAAAGAGCAACAUAUGAUAAACAAAAUGUAUCAUACAACUUGUGCAAGAAAAUGAACGAUAUAAAAUGUCAGGAAAUUGUGUUUAGAAGCAACCUGCAGGCAACAAGACAGAAGGCGAGCGCUCUUCAAAAACUCAGGAGACGCCUUUUCACACUCGGUCCGGUGAAUUCUGAGGUCGCCAAAAAGAAGCCAAUUAAACAACGCAUUAAACCAUCAUCAAAACCGCGUACAAGAAGACGAUCCAAACUCAACCGAAACAAAAGGGCCGCAACGGCCGAUGAGUCCAGACUCUGGGAACAUGCAACGAUCCCUUACGUGUUCGACACAGUAUUCUCUGGAGAGGACAAACUAAAAAUAAUGCUGGCCAUGAGCAUGUGGGAAAACGCUACUUGCGUUAUUUUCAAAGAAAGAGAAGCGUCUGACAAGGACUAUUUUAUGUUGACCGUUAAAAACUGCAGUUGUUGCGCUGAUGUCGGGCGAAAAUAUAACGGCUCGUCAGUUUCUCUUGCCAAAGAUUGCAUGAUCACAGGUAUCAUUCUGCAUGAACUGGGCCACAUUAUUGGAUUUUGGCACGAGCAUUCGAGACCCGAUAGGGAUGAAUAUGUUAAAGUGUUUCUAAAAAACGUCAUUAACAACACGGAAGAAAACUUUAAAAAGAUGGAACCAAAUGAAAUCAAUUCACUUAAUGAAACGUAUGACUUUGACAGCAUCAUGCACUACGGCCGAACCAAAUGGACUCGCAACCCUUACUGGGACACAAUAUUCCCCAAGUUUCUUAACGUAUCAGCCCUGACACACGGCAUGGGGCAAAGAUCUCAUCUAAGUCCAGGAGACAUUCGCCAAACGAACAAGCUCUACAAGUGUGCCUCGUGUGGGCGGACGUUCCAAGAAGAGAAAGCGACCUUCAGUCACAAGCCGACUGCUGGCAAAUCAGAAACGUGUCACUGGCGUAUACGAGUGGCCUAUGGGGAGAGGAUCGUGCUCAACAUCACCGCACUCGGAAUCCCGAGAUCUGCAAACUGUGUCAACGGUCACGUCGAGGUGAGAGAUGGCCCUAACUCCCAGUCACCUCAAAUAGGACGCUUUUGUGGGGAGGAUUUGCCUGGUCCUUUAAAAUCCUCUGGACGAAGAAUGUGGCUUGAAUACAAAACUUUGCUCGGAGAUGGCUCUGGAUUUACUGCACAUUACGUUACAGAGUGCGGAGGUGAAAUAAGCAGUGGGGAAGGUGUCCUCGCAAGUCCGACUUAUAAUGAUAAAUAUCUUCCUAAUCUUGAUUGCUCGUGGAAUAUCACAGUAGACCCGGGAUACCUCAUAGUUCUGUCCUUUGAGUCCUUUUACUUGGAGCAUGAUCUCAAUUGCGCUUUCGAUUACCUGGAAAUCAUGGAAGGAUCAAAAGAAACUGAUCCCUUAAUUGGCAAAUAUUGCGGUUGGUCUUAUCCGAAAAAGAUUAAAUCAACUGGAAAUCAAUUAUUUAUCAGGUUUGUAAGUGACAAUGAAACACAGAGAAGUGGCUUUUACAUUCCAUUCGUUAAGAAAAUCGACGAGUGUAACAAUGAGAUACACGAGUGUGACCAAGUAUGCAUCAACACCAUAGGGGGUUACAGAUGUGAAUGCAUUCUAGGGUAUGAGCUCAAGCCCGACAACACCAGCUGUGAGAAGGCAUGUGGCGGUGUUAUUGAGACACCCAACGGGACGAUCUCAUCGCCACUUUUCCCAUACCCAUAUCCCCCGGAUAAGACUUGCGAGUGGAUCAUCGUUGCCCCACACAAUCAUACGAUCGUGCUUACGUUUACGCACUUCGACCUGGAACCUUGGCGAGGGCAUUGCUCCGAUUUCGUAAAGGUGUAUCCAGAAGGAGGGGCGAGAAAAUAUAACAAUGUCAUGCACUGUGGAGAUUCGAUACCCACGCCUAUAACAGCAAAAGGAAACAAGAUGAAAAUUGAGUUCAAGUCGGACAAAUACGAUGAGAAAUCGGGGUUUUCUGCUUUUUUUGUCUCCGAUGUCAACGAAUGUGAGAACAAAAAUGGCGGCUGCCAUGAUAUUUGCACGAACACGGUAGGAAGUUAUUAUUGCUCGUGUCGAAACGGCUACAUUCUCCAGUCGGAUCAACGUGGUUGUGUUGAGGAAUGCUUUUCACAAAUCAGUGAACACAAUGGCACGAUAACCAGUCCGGAUUUUCCCGAAGACUACCCACGAAACACGGAAUGUGACUGGCUACUUAUUGCACCACUGGGACACAGGAUACGUCUUGCCUUCCAAUCCCUAUCCCUUGAACAUCAUCAAAGCUGUAAGUACGACAGCCUUACAAUUUUCGACGGCGACAAUAGAAACGCCAGUGUGAUUGAUCGCUACUGUGGUUCAAUUUUCCCGGAACUCAUUAUUUCCAGGUCAAACAAUAUGCUUGUUUCUUUCACGUCUGACUCGUCGGAGCAAAGAAAGGGUUUCGAGGCCCGGCACGACACAGUUUGUGGGAGUUUUCUCGAGGCGACCUACACACCACAAACCUUCGUGUCCCAUGUCAACUACGGAAUUCUAAACUAUGACAAUUGGGAGUACUGCGACUGGGUGAUAAACGCUUCGUUGGGGUUUAAAGUGGAGCUUAAUUUUCAGACUUUUAACCUAGAGUACCAAAAAGACUGCGAGUACGACUAUGUAAUGGUUUACGAUGGAGUCAACGACUCAGGUCCCGUGCUAGGAACGUUUUGUGGAAACAAGUUACCAGGUCGAAUAAUAUCUGAGUCGCCUAGUCUCCUAGUCAGAUUUACCACUGACAACACGAUAAACAAAAAAGGCUUUACUUUGCAAUUUAUAAAAGUGGAGAACACACUGAAAUGAAUUGAUUUUUUUUAUUAGCGCAAACAUUGUGUGCACAUUUUUUAAGUAUGUUUUAAUCAAAGUUAUUGAAAACUUGAACAGUUAAAUUCAACCUAAACAUGUAUUUCUUGCAAAUGCUUAUCCAUCAUAAUCCAUGUUUCUAAAAAUAUGUAUUUACAAAAAAAACGAUGAUGUGUAUUGAGGUCGUGAGAAAAGAAUUAACUAAAUUUGUGUGAUAAAAUUGUGAAAAUAAUACGUUUCAUCAAGUAAGAACGUUUAAUUAUUUAUAAUUAAAUAUUAAGUGUAAUAUUUACAUGGCUUCUUAUUUAUUUUAAGUUUUUAAUUGUAACAGAAUUUAAAUGAAAGGGGAAAAAAAAUAUUUUCACGUCUGUUAUUAUAACUUUGAAAUGCUAUUAUAUGUGAUAUUUAAAACUUUGUAAUCUGAAGAUGCUCAUGUGGACAAAGUCACAUGCUUAAUUUCAGUUGUCUAGAAUACCGCGAAAAAAAUUCUGGUAGUAAUGUGUUCAAAAAAGAUUGUGCUAUACCCCUGCAAUAAAAUAUUGUUCAAUGUCUCGGUUAAUAGAUUCAAUACAACGAUUGUAUCCUACUGGCUGAACUGAAUUGUAUCCACACACAAAAAAUAAAAAAAUAAUGGCAAAGCCAUCGCGUGAAAUCUCUAUCACCUGGUGUGGCAGUGUGCAUCAGAUAUUUAAUCGACGUAGACUUGCCAUGGGAUAUCUAAGGGACACAAUUUGUGACGUGGUAGGUUUGGGUUAAAUUAUUAACCUUGGGUGCAGGUUGGCACACUGCAGAAAUGUUCCAUGAGGGAUUUCCAAAAAUCACACGUCAGCUCCGACUACUUCAAAAUAUCUUUUAUGACCUUUGUUAAUUAAGUAAGAGACUUAAAUUAAGAAUAAUGAAUGCAGUGCUGGCCGAAAAAAAAAAGCAUACUAGCUAUUACUAACGCCCAAUGUAUUAUUUUGUGAUACAAAAAAAAACAGAGUAUUCGACUUUAUUGCCUCAGUGUUCUUUAGACUGGUACAAUUCAACGAUUUCUCAACAUUGCAUGUCUUUCAGAUGUCGGAAACACGAAGCCCAUUGAAAUGAUAUUUCUUCAUGUCUACACCAACACGAUUCCUAUUAAUAACAAUGUUCUCUUAAUGCGCUAUGAUAAGAGCCAAAUGUAUUAUUUUGUGAUACAACUUUUUUUUGUUAGUAAAUGUUAUUGUGAUUUUCUAGAUUAGUGUUUUCAUAAAACGAAGUUAGUAUUGAAAGUUACUAUUUUUAGAUAUAUGCUGGAAUACGUAUAAUGUAAUAAAUUAAGAAACUCGCUGGAAAAUGCCUACGGUGGAAAUUCGGACAGAGACAUCAUCUGUUCUAAUACACCGUCUUUAAAGCAAAAUUCGAUUAAGUUUUUUCCAUAGAAAUAAAUUUUAAUAAACUUAAUCAUUAACAGGCUUACAAAUACGGGAUUUUUAAAAAAACAUUUUAAAGUUGUAUUCUAUAAUUCAAAAUAUCUCUUUUUUGACCGCACUAGCAGCCCCUCAAUGUCUUAAAAAACUUAAAUUUAUCACGUUACCCUCUGCUCAGUUUAAAGUAUUCAAAAUUCGGCACAUAAGAUCUUGUGUUUUGGCCAACAAAUCACUGAGCAAAUGCCUGGUGCCUUAUCCUAAGAAAAUAAACGUCUCGCUUACACUGUCUACACACUAGCUUCCAUUAAUCUAUCUGACAAAAGUUGUUUUUUCUUCUAUUUUCUCUAUCAUUUUAGAUUUUGCUCUGUUAAAAAUGCCUCUUCCCACUUUUUACCUUUUUUUAAAACACAUCAUUCGACUUUAUUGCCUCAGUAUUCUUUAGACUGGUACAAUUCAACGAUUUCUCAACAUUGCAUGUCUUUCAGAUGUCGGCAACACGAAGCCCAUUGCAAUGAUAUUUCUUUAUGUCUACACCCACACGAUUCUUAUUAAUAACAAUAAUCUCCUAAUGCGCUAUAAAAUGAGCUGAAAAAAAAUGGUUGAAUUAACCACGCUAAAGCAAUACUGAGCAUGUGUGGUUGGUCGAAUUAACCACGCCAAAGCAGUACUGAGCAUGUGUGGUAGGUUGAAUUAACCACGCCAAAGCAGUACUGAGCAUGUGUGGUUGGUUGAAUUAACCACGCCAAAGCAGUACUGAGCAUGUGUGGUUGGUCGAAUUAACCACGCCAAAGCAGUACUGAGCAUGUAUGGUUGGUCGAAUUAACCACGCCAAAGCAGUACUGAGGAUGUGUGGUUGGUUGAAUUAACCACGCCAAAGCAGUACUGAGCAUGUGUGGUUGGUCGAAUUAACCACGCCAAAGCAGUACUUAGCAUGUGUGUUUGGUUGAAUUAGCCACGCCAAAGCAGUACUGAGCAUGUGUGGUUGGUUGAAUUAAACACGCCAAAGCAGUACUGAGCAUUUGUGGUUGGUUUAAUUAACCACGCCAAAGCAGUACUUAGCAUGUGUGUUUGGUUGAAUUAACCACGCUAAAGCAGUACUUAGCAUGUGUGGUUGGUUGAAUUAACCACGCUAAAGCAGUGCUGAGGAUUUGUGGUGGGUUGAAAAGAAGUUUGCGAACGUUCGUUCACAAACCAAACUAUCCUUCGUUUAUUCGAGUCAAAAAUUGUGUUCUGUAACCGAAUUUGUUCGUUAAACGAAACGUUCGUUAUACUAGGUUACACUGCAUAUAAAAAAUAAAUUUUAAAGUUUCUUAGCAGUAAUGUAAAUUGACCAAUAAUAUUCAAAUUGAUUUAAUCAUCGUUUUUAACAUGGCAAUGGUCUAAUUCUACGCAUUUUCCAGAAAUUAUUAUUAUUUUUUUUUAAAGUUACAUUUGAUUUCAUUAAAAAAAUAAUAAUCUCGAGAUGCGUUUGUGUGAAACGUCAUUUAAAAUGCUAUACUAAAUUAUGCACUUCUGUUCUUUUGUGGGAUAUUUUGUAGGAGAUGUAGUAGAUAUUAUGAUCGUCUAUGUGGUUUAGAUUUUUUUUUGGACACUUUAAGGUCUUUUAACAUGUAAAUAUGUGAUUUAAAAUAAAAAAUAAAUUAAAUGAUAUAGUUACAAAAUAGUGGUGUGUUACGAAUGUCGAUUAUGAAUGAUCCCACAAUUUACUUAAUUAUGGGACUACAUGUCUUUGUCAUUUUAGUUAGCCAUGAAAGGAAGGUAGAAAGAACUGACUGAGAUAUACUCGAUUUAAAUCAACAACUUCAUUUUUUUUCUUUGGGAUCGCCAGAUGUGUGGAGAGAGGGAUCUGCUGCCUGGAGAUUUAAGUUCACGUGUCCCUCUGUGUCACAUUUUUUUUUAUACUUUAUAAAUCUAUGAACUGACGAAGUGAUUUUUUGGUUUUAGAAAUCCACCUCUAAAUCGGAUUCCUGUUUUUACAUUCAAGGCUCAAGUACUUGCAAGAACACACACGUGUGGCGUUCCCAUUAUUUAUUUAUUUUAUCUAAGAAAUAAACAGAGCCUAUAUAUUUAAUUCGGUGUGUGUCGAUGGGGGGGGGGGGGUUGUAUCGCGUUCUUGGGUGAGUUCCACUCGUUUUCCCCCAAAGGAGUUCACGCCUAUGUGCAUAUCAUAUCAGCAAAGUCUACUUCAACACUCAACGUAUCCCAUGUAUAUGUACUAGUCCCUUGACACAACUACACCAGUUGAUAGAAUCUAGAGGUGAAACAUCAGCAUUUAGAAAUGCCAUGCCCUUAUUAUGUUUCACAGGGGCGUAGCUAGUGUUAGUGCCAAGAUCCAGCCCCCCCCCUCCCUUUUACACAUUUCAUCAAAAAAAAAUAUGCUUUUGUCUCAAAGGAUGCCUUCAAUUUGAAGAAAAUGUUACCGCGUGUGGCCAACAAUCCUCUCUGCCCCCAUUCAUACGCAACUCGUGCUUUCAGGUUCCAGUGCAGCGCAUCCUUGUUCAGCCGGGAAUCGUACUAUUCUAUUUGGUCUUUUUUGUAUUAUCUUGCAAUAGUGUAUGGAGAACAUUGGAAGUGUCCGAUCCAUUAUUACAAGUGUAAACGUUUUAAAAGUCUUGUUUUGAAGUCGAUCUGGCGGACAGAAAGAGAGUGAAAGGGAGAAAAUGAUAGAUAGAAAAAGAGAGAGAGGGGGGAGAGAGAGAGAGAGAGAGAGAGACGGGGGAAUGUAUUGAAAGGAACAAUAAAAUGCCAGUGAAACAUUCGACUAAAUUUACUGAUAAGAAUUUUUGAACCUGUUAAUAUCUGCACAUUUUCUCACAUCUUCGAGAGAGAGAGAGAGAGAGACGGGGGAAUGUAUUGAAAGGAACAAUAAAAUGCCAGUGAAACAUUCGACUAAAUUUACUGAUAAGAAUUUUUGAACCUGUUAAUAUCUGCACAUUUUCUCACAUCUUCGAAACUAUCUGGACAUAGUCACUCCCAAUAUGUUUCUCUGGGACAUUUUUCAAAUUAGAUUUUGAACAUUGUGUAGCGGCCAUGUUAGCAAGCCUAGACUCAUUAUAGCAACGGGUUUUAUAUAGUUUCGGAAAUGAUGAAAAGCAAUAUAUGCUAUAUGGGAUUAUGACUAUAUAAAUAGCUCAAUUUUAACAUACAAUUUUUUUUAAGGUACACUAUUUUGUACCACAAUCGUCCUUUGAGAAUUAAGUUUUUAAAAAAACAUUUGUUUGAAGACUUAAUACUGUAUGAACGUCGAGCCUUGAGAGAACCAGAUAUGUAGCAGUUGUUUAGGAAGGAAUGUAGGCAGUGGUGUUCACGUAGCGUUGAGCCUUGAGAGAACCAGAUAUGUAGCAGUUAUUUAGGAAGGAAAGUAAGCAGGGGUGUUCACGUAAAGUCGCACCUUCUUUUUAAUUUUGUUUUGAAACAGGGCUUGCAUUUGGAAGGAGCAGGAAAAUCUUGAAUUAAGGAAUAAAGAAAGUUUAGAGGAAGACCUUAACAGUGACAACACAAGAAAGUGGAAGUUCUGGCUAAAUGAAGUAAAAUGACGGCAAACAAACACGAUGACAAACACUCUUUAUUUUCUGUUAAGUUCUGUCGUUGGCAGAAACGUGUAAAUAAUAAUCCUUUUUUUUUAAGGGGGUUGCAUUUUUUAUUUUUCCUUUAUUUUGUAUUUCCUAAAGCGCUGCUGUGCAGUUAUCAUUGUAUACUUCGGCGUAAGCGCCUACUCAACUUUGAAGUUAAGGGUCGUGGUUAACCAUCUGAGUCGUGGGUGAAAACUAAACUGGUAGACGNACCGUUUCCAGCAGAUUUCUUUGUUUUCACGCGUUGCCAGUAGGUGCGUGACUGCUACAAGAAUGUAUCGGCAUGUUCACUUGUCAUCUCUUUCUUCUCCAACUUUUUGUCAUGGUCAAACUACGGUUCGCGGUCCAGAAGCAGAUUGUCGAGGGGUCCUUAACCCGGCAUAUUUGACUGUCUUACUGGCACCCUGGUAGCAAUGACAAUAACAAAGUUAAACCGGGCAAUUGGCCAAAAUAAGCUCAAACUUACCAUUGACGUACUAAAAAGCUUUAUGUUUAUUGACGGAUAUUUUUUUUUCAAUGUAAUUAUUGCACUGCUUCAUCCUGUUUCUUUAUUAUUCUUUUUUUUUUAUUUCUUUCUGUUCACUACAAAAUGCGAAAUAUGCAGUUGGUUUAGGAAUACGUUAAAACUUUAGAUUGGAACAGAAGCUGAGGGACAGUGGAGCCAGCCCUUGACUAAAAAAGGGCCCCCGAGUCUGUGUUUUCAAUCAGACUUACCAAGGUGGAAAAAUAAAACUAUUCAUAAAGUAUACACGUUUACAUGGGGAACAAAAUUAUGUUUUAGUUAAAAUGCCGUUAGACAAUUAAGCUUCAAAAACAAAUGAUAUCGUUUUUUUUUUUUUUAAAUUUGUAAUAGUUCUCUGGGAACUUACUUCAAAUAAGCAUGAUCAUUAAAUUUGUCAACAUAAUAUUUUUAAUGAACGCGUUUCAGAUUUUAAGAACCGCGAUAAAAAUAUUCCCGGCCUGUUGGAAAAUACCAAAACGGCGUCAUUGAGUUAGAAGAGGUAACUCUUUGAAUGAAUCGAGCUAUUCCCCUAAGGAUGUCUGUUUUUUCACAGGCGUGUCGGUGCUCUCGUGAUCAAAUCAAACAGUGGGUUGCGUCUAUUCUUCUGUUGGUCGGAUUAUGAGUCUCAUAACGUGUGUCUUAUUUAUUAACUUAAAAUAGGUAAGAAUAUGUUGGUGCUUUUUAUUUGUAUAAUUUUUUUUUUUGUUGUAAUAUGAAGGAGUUGCAUUUGUAAACGCAAAAUAAUGUUUCUGUAGUAAGACGGCUGUCAUUUAUCAUUUGAUAAUAAUUGAAAAUAUUUAUAAUCCUUAUCACAAAAAUCAAUAGUCACAAUUGCUUCCUAGCAUUUUUCAAUUCUCAUUUAAUUUGAGAAUGAUGGCAAUCAAUCAUGACUUAUGGAAAAUUUCUCUAUCUUUUAGGCUUAUGUUUGGUGUUUAUCAUUCCUAAUUGUCAAUGUCUAAUGGCGUAAUGUAGAUAAGACACAAAUCUGGUGUCAUAGAAGAAAUAAAAACUCAGUGAAGCAAAGCCAAAAACUAAAGUAAUAUAAAUUUUGAAACCAAUAUUAGUAUAUGCUAUUUAUUUUUUUAUUCAUGCCUAUACAUAUAUAUAUAUAUACAUAUAUAUAUAUUUAUAUAUAUAAUAUAUAUAUUUAUAUAUAUAUGUGUGUUUAUUUACAUAUAUAUAAUUUAAAAUUUAGCCAUUGCAAUAAGGGAAAAAAAUAUGCUUGUAAUAACGUAGGCAUCUAUCAUUAAUUAAAUGAAUAAUUAAAAGAGGACACAUGACACAAAUCCAAUUGUUGAUAAGAAUGCAUAUGCAAGAAAAACACAUAUGUUGAAAAAAACAAGCAAUAUGGACUGGUCUGUAAACACAGGGAAGCAUUAUAUAAUACAAACUCAUACUUUAGCCUGGUUUGUUUGUUAAUCAAAGGAGAAGAUCAAUACAGAAUAUUCAAUGUUCGCAUGUUAGCACUGAUUCCAUGCUUUUUCUUUGACACUGGCACAUCCAUCGUUGAGACGGUGUGCUUUGUGUUGAAAAUAAGACAAGUAAGAAAGGAGAUCUAUUAGACCUGUCUUUGCAAUGCGUUCAUUCUACGUUAGAGUUAACUAACCGAUAGUGAAAGGCGCCACGAUCCCCCGCCAGGAGAUGUAUUUCUCACCUGGCAUGUCUGUCUUUCUGGCGGAUUUUUUGUUUUGUUUUUUUUAUUUGCAACGGUUCCCACACUAUGUGUAAACUGGGACUAUCUUAAUUUAAACGUACAAAAGGAUAACCAAAAUAAGAAAUAUAUAAUUGCAUAGAAAUAAGAUUUAGUUUUCAUCACAUCUCUUAAAUCUCAAUUACUGUAAUAAUGUUAUAACAUGUCCUUUCAGUUCAAAAUCUUAUGAAUAAAUCUUUCACAACACAAAUAUUAUUUUUUAUCAUAGCUUCUCUUCUCAUCGAACUUUUUUUGUCACCUUUUAAACACAAUGAUUGGCUACUCUUAUAAGUCCCAACACAGUUUUGAAUGAACAGGGAAUAUUAUUUAUUACCUGGUGUAUUUGUAAUGAUUAAAAUGUAUUUUUGUAGUAUACUUAUUUGCUUCCGUCUGAUUUCUUUAGUAAUAUCCUCAGAUUUGAUGAUGCCUAAAUUUAACAUAGGCAUUUUGAAUUCUUCAUCUUCUUCUGGUUUUUAUAUUUUCAAUGUUAUUUAUGGGGUUUUCAUUAUUAAAUAAGGACAAUUCUUCGCCCUUAAUAAACUACUUCUAAAAUGCUUUGUAUAGAUUUAGACUAGGUGUUCAUAAAAGUUUCCUUUUAAAUCAACGUAAAAUAGCUUUUUGUUCAUUGACACUUAUUAUGUAAUCUAAUUACUGAAAUAUCUACCACAAGUUGUUAGACUUGUCAUGCUUUUUUCAAAUCCUUCUUUCUGUUGUAGAAAAACUAAUACUUUGUCUUGAGGUGAUAGUUCUCUUAAAAGAUAUGUUUCUGUCGACUAUAUCUCUAUAUUUACUUUUUUUAUUGUGUACGUUUUUCUUAGCAUACUUCACAACAUACAUAAUCUCUUAUCUUGUCUUGGCUAUCAGAUCAAAGGAAGAAAAACGUAUUCCUUUAUUCAGUAACAAUCUCUUAUGUAAUAUUUCUAAUGGAUUUCUAGGAUUAGUUUCAAAGAAAAGCUCAAAUGUAGGACGCAUGUUGCUUCAUGUGGUAUUUAUCUGUAGGCAAAAAGCACUAAGGGUAAAAAAGUUGCCACCAUCCUUGUUUAUAAAUUUGAAUUUUCAUUAACAUUAUCUUAAUUUCUUGGUGACUGGUUUGCCCAAUGGUCUAAACUGAGCAAACCUCCAGCUGGUGGUUAAAUUCCAGCCAAAGGUCAGUCAAGCAAAAGAAUCACCCCGUGUGGCUGAGACUGGUUUACCUUGGUUGGCAACUCAUCUAAGAGAAGGAAACUGUGAAUUCAAACCUGGAGUUGGAGCCCCGUAACGCGCGUAUAACGACAAUUCCUGCAACAGCACCUAUCAUUAGUCGUCUUGAAGUAGAGUCUUGCCACUGGAUAUGGUGGGCCCGGAUGAGAGAGUGAGGUUGACGCCACGCAACUCUUCCUCACUUUAAACAAAAGUCACCCGCGCAAGUCACUCGAUGGUCCUCGUCGAUCUUUGACGGACGAACAAUAAAAUAAUUGGUUGGUUAGCUCUUUAAACUACACAUUUCCUUUUUCGUCUUCAACUAGCUCAGGAGUCGCCCAAACGUUUUCACGGAAGGCAGGAUAACUUAGAAAAUAACGAGCGCGGGCUCUGUAAUAAUUAUGUAUAAGACUUGCAAGCCAGAACGAAAGCUCUGGGGGAAAAGACGAAAAAACUAAGUUUAGUGUUUCAUGUUCAUCAUGGCUGAGUGGUGUGCAAGGCAUCAAAACAAAAACAACCAAAAAAAUAUAAUUACUAAAAAAAAAUUACAAAGAAAGGUGACGUUAGCUAAGAAGAUAGUUACCUCAGACCUAGAGCGCACAUAUACGAAUCUCACAAUCUAAGCAGCUAAAAUAUUGGGGACAUUUCUUCUUCUUCUUCUUCGACUUUAUUUUUGGGGCCCACCAUCAAUGAAUUGAUCAUUCUGACGUUUGCCUUUCAAGUUAUGAUUAUUUUUUUUGAUUGCAAUCCCUGCAUCCAAUCAAGAGGAUUGCUUUCAAAUAUUCAUCAGCCAAUCUCUUUCGAGGUGUUAACUUCACAUAUUUCAGCUUUGAACAUUUUUUAAGAUCUGAAAAUCUCUCCAAAAAAUUGCUUCUUCAAGUGGCGAUUAACUUUUUUAGGAAAAUCAUCUUCGUCAAUUGUAGCGCAAAUCUUGAGGAAGCAGUGAAAAUGAGAAAAUGUUUCUUCUUCAAUUCGUACUUCAAUGACAGACUUCUCCAAAAUCCUUUGGUGAUUUUGUAUAGAUGACAGAUAAGGUUAUCCUUUACCUAGACAUUCAAGUUCUCAUCUCCUCACAUUUUAACAUAAUUUUAACAUUGUACCACAACGUUUCAUAUUUGAUACGUUGUAUCAAGCCAUUUUAAGUACAGUCGGUGGCUCGGAUGAACUGACGUCACGGGCUAGAUCAGUCCCACGGGCUGUAGUUUGGUGAUCCCUGAUUUAUAGCAAUUGGAUUAAAUCUUUAUAUGAAUUCUUCUAUGUUUUCGAAGCCAUUCAAUUUGCUCAUUGUAAUUUCAUUGAUGCUGGCAUCAUGUUUUUCUCCUAUAUGAUACGCUUGACUGACAUCUCUUUUUUUUUUGACUGGAAUGAAGUAUGAAGUUAAAUUUUUGUUUUCUCUUUAAACACUGUUUAAGUAAAAUUUAUGAAUUUAUGAACACGCGGAAUAUGAAAAAAAAGAUUAUAUCAUCCAUCCGUCACAAUGUGUCGAUGGUGUAGACUUCCUAGGACGAAACCAAAAGGCGUGGGGAUGUUUUCUUUAGGAGGUUAAGCUGGCUCCAUAGACAACACAACGGCUUCUUCACGUACCUGGAUACCACAGUGGGAAGAUAACAAGCGGUUGAUACAGUUUGAAAAUAGUUCAACUUUCAGGUCGUUUCUGUAACUGUUUGCAAUCUGCACUCUGCUUCAAAAAUUCUUUUUAAAAAUACGAAAGUUUGUCUUUUUAUAUUGAAAAAAUUAUGUUUAAUGCGAGUUCUUUUUUUUUUCUCAUCGAUCUCGUGACAUUUACUUCUAUAGGUGUUGUGUUAUUCGUUUUAUUAGCUCAUUAUAAUCUCCUUAUUUUAAUGAUUGAGCUCAUCUAGUAACGAGUUCAUCUCUCUUGUCUUCCUUUUCUCGAUCAUUCCUCUCUAUUCCGUUUUUUUUUCUUCUUGUUUUCGUUUAGCUUUUUCUUUUUCAACAUAUGUCUUUAAUUCACCCCUCCUUUCUAAGCCCACGACUUUGCUAAUCUCUAUCACGUCAGUGGGAAAUUCUUUUUUUUUUCAAACUUAAGCUUUCCCGUAUGUGAUGUUGCACUGACAUUAUAUUGUAUUAUGUGUUUAAGUUAUAUAAUUAAAACAAGCCAUUCAGUUUUUUAAAAUCAAAUGAAAAAAAAAAAAAACAAUGCACACGAGAGAGGGUAUACAUGCAUAUAAGUUAAAAAUUCUAAAUGAAAAGCGAAUGAAUUAACAGUGAUGUUUGUAAACAAUAACAUAUAUCACACUCGAAGAACUAGAUCAAAACAAGACACUAUUUGUGAAAGAUUGAUAGGAGAAGCAACAACAGGAAUCAGGACAAGUAAUAGACGCCAAAGCCGAUUGUUGAUGAAUGAUAAAACAGUCAUGAAUGAUUAAAAUACUAUAAUUUGCACGUAGGCUAAAUAGAAAUAAUAAAAUAUUAAUAAUUUUUUAUAUAUUUAUUACAAUAAGUUUGUUUAAUUAAUUAUCAGCAAUAAGCGUGGUGGAAGAUUUAAUUUGAAAAAAAAAACGACCUUUCGAUAUACACUGAUGAGAAAAAUUGAGAACGCUUCCACACAUGUAAUAACUGCUUCAAAGUUUCUAAGAAACGACUUAUCUUAUCACAAUGAAAUGUAGCAGAAAUAUAUCACAGUCACAAAUUCUUGACUGUGUUUCUUCUUUAACGUGGCCAUAGACAGAACGUUGUUCAUAAUGACAAGUUUAAGUAAGCAAUAAUUUUCAAUACACCUGUAAGUGUCUUUUUAAAGUUGCUGAAAUAUCAUUGUUAUGUGUAUUCAUUAAAUAAUACAUUUAUAUUUUAUUUUAAGUUCCAUAACUCAAUACGUCACAGAGAAAAUAAACAAAUCUAUUUACAAUUGUAUUUGAUUAAGAAGAGUAAUUUAAAUUGGUUUACACAAACAGGUAAGCUGUCUCUGCUUAACAAUCACACCAGGAGAAAAAUGUCUCAAAUAAUUUUUGUUAUCUUAUAUUACAGAUAAUCAGGUGAUCCAGUUACACCAGUUCUCUUCAAAUCCUAUAAAUAUAAAAGAUACAGAAAAUUGUAUCUGAUGGAUCUUGCAACAAUGAUUGUGCUUUCGAAAUCGAACAGGCAUUUGUCUAGGAUAGAGAAAGAAACAUUUCAGUAUUUUUAUUUCAUAAAGUGGCUUUUCCUAUUGAUCGCUAUUGGCGUUUCUAACUCAAAUGCAUCAUUUCUUCAAAAAUUCUCAACACGAAACUUUCAGCAGCCCUCUCUAUACAACACUGCUUCAAUAGAAAGAAGAGACAAUUUUAACGUUCAUCUAGAAAAAGACGUGGACAGUUUAGGAAAAGAAAUUGCUAAUCAAAGAGCAACAUAUGAUAAACAAAAUGUGUCAUACAACUUGUGCAAGAAAAUGCAUGAUAUAAAAUGUCAUGAAAGUGUGUUUAGACGCAACCUGCAGGUAACAAGACAGAAGGCGAGCGCUCUUCAUAAACUAAGGAGACGCCUUUUCACGCUCGGUCCGGCGAAUUCUGAGGUCGCCAAAAAGAAGCCAAUUAAACAAAGCGUUAAAUCAUCAUCAAAACCGCGUACAAGAAGACGAUCCAAACUCAACCGAAACAAAAGGGCCGCAACGGCCAAUGAGUCCUUGCUUUGGGAACAUGCAACGAUCCCUUACGUAUUCGACACCGUAUUCUCUGGAGAGGACAAAUUAAAAAUAAUGCUGGCCAUGAGCAUGUGGGAAAACGCUACUUGCGUUAUUUUCAAAGAAAGAGAAGCGUCCGACAAGGACUAUUUUGUGUUGACCGUUAAAGACUGCGGUUGUUGCGCUGAUGUCGGACGAAAAGAAAACGGCUCGUCAGUUUCUCUUGCCAAAGAUUGCAUGAUCACAGGUAUCAUUCUGCAUGAACUGGGCCACAUUAUUGGAUUUUGGCAUGAGCAUUCGAGACCCGAUAGGGAUGAAUAUGUUGAUGUGUUUCUGAAACACGCCAUUAAGGACAAGGUAGAAAAUUUUAAAAAGAAGGAACCAAAUGAAAUCAAUUCACUUAAUGAAACGUAUGACUUUGACAGCAUCAUGCACUACGGCCGAACCAAAUGGACUCGCAACCCUUACUGGGACACAAUAUUCCCCAAGCUUCUUAACGGAUCAGCCCUGAGACCCGACAUAGGGCAAAGAUCUAAACUAAGUCCAGGAGACAUUCGCCAAACGAACAAGCUCUACAAGUGUGCCUCGUGUGGGCGGACGUUCCAAGAAGAGACUGCGACCUUCAGUCACAAGCCGACUGCUGGCAAAUCAGAAACGUGUCACUGGCGUAUACGAGCGGCCUACGGGGAGAGGAUCGUGCUCAACAUCACCGCACUCGGAAUCCCGAGAUCGGCAAACUGUGUCAACGGUCACGUCGAGGUGAGAGAUGGCCCUAACUCUCAGUCACCUCAAAUAGGACGCUUUUGUGGGGAGGAUUUGCCUGGUCCUUUAAAAUCCUCUGGACGAAGAAUGUGGCUUGAAUACAAAACUUUGCGCGGAGACGGCUCUGGAUUUACUGCACGUUACGUUACAGAGUGCGGAGGUGAAAUAAGCAGUGGGGAAGGUGUCCUCGCAAGUCCGACCUAUAAUGAUAAAUAUCUUCCUAACCUUGAUUGCUCGUGGACUAUCAAAGUAGACCCGGGAUACCUCAUAAUUCUGUCCUUUGAAUCCUUCGACUUGGAGGAUGAUCUCAAUUGCGCUUUCGAUUACCUGGAAAUCAUGGAAGGAUCAAAAGAAACUGAUCCCUUAAUUGGAAAAUAUUGCGGUUUGUCUUAUCCGAAAAAGAUUCAAUCAACGGGAAAUCAAUUAUUUAUCAGGUUUGUAAGUGACUCUGACACACAGAGAAAUGGCUUUUACAUUCCAUUUGUUAAGGAAAUCGACGAAUGUAACAAUGAGAUACACGAGUGUGACCAAGUAUGCAUCAACACCAUAGGGGGUUACAGAUGUGAAUGCAUUCUAGGGUAUGAGCUCAAGCCCGACCGCACCAGCUGUGAGAAGGCAUGUGGCGGCGUUAUUGAGACACCCAACGGGACGAUCUCAUCGCCAUUUUUCCCAGACCCGUAUCCCCCGGAUAAGACUUGCGAGUGGAUCAUCGACGCUCCACAAAAUCAUACGAUCGUGCUUACGUUUACGCACUUCGACCUGGAAGCGGGGCAGGGGGACUGCUCAUACGAUUUCGUAAAGGUGUAUCCAGAAGGCGGGGCGAGAAAAUAUAACAAUGUCAUGCACUGUGGAGAUUCGAUACCCACGCCUAUAACAGCAAAAGGUAACACGAUGAAAAUUGAGUUCAAGUCGGACAAAUACGAUGAGAAAUCGGGGUUCUCUGCUUUUUUUGUCUCCGAUGUCAACGAAUGUGAGAACAAAAAUGGCGGCUGCCAGGAUAUUUGCACGAACACGGUAGGAAGUUAUUAUUGCUCGUGUCGAAACGGCUACAUUCUCCAGUCGGAUCAACGUGGUUGUGUUGAGGAAUGCUUUUCACAAAUCAGUGAACACAAUGGCACGAUAACCAGUCCGGAUUUUCCCGAAGAAUACCCGCGAAACACUGAAUGUGACUGGCUACUCAUUGCACCACUGGGACACAGGAUACGUCUUGCCUUCCAAUCCCUAUCCCUUGAACAUCAUCAAAGCUGUAACUACGACAGCCUCACCAUUUUCGACGGCGACAAUAGAAACGCCAGUUUGAUUGAUCGCUACUGUGGUUCAAUUUUUCCGGAACUCGUUAUUUCCAGGUCAAACAAUAUGCUUGUUUCUUUCACGUCUGACUCGUCAGUGCAAAAAAAGGGUUUCGAGGCCCGGCACGACACAGUUUGUGGGAGUUUUCUCGAGGCGACCUACACACCACAAACCAUCGUGUCCCAUGUCAACUACGGAAUUUUAAACUAUGACACAUGGGAGUACUGCGACUGGGUGAUAAACGCAUCGUUGGGGUUUAAAGUGGAGCUUAAUUUUCAGACUUUUUACCUAGAGUACCAAAAAGACUGCGAGUACGACUAUGUAAUCGUUUACGAUGGAGUCAACGACUCAGGUCCCGUGCUAGGAACGUUUUGUGGAAACAAGUUACCAGGUCGAAUAAUAUCUGAGUCACCUAGUCUCCUAGUCAGAUUUACCACUGACAACACGAUAAACAAAAAAGGCUUUACUUUGCAAUUUAUAAAAGUGGAGAACGCACUGAAAUGAAGUGAUUUUUUUUAUUUGCGCAUCCAUCAUAAUCCAUGUUUCUAAAAAUAUGUAUUUACAAAAAAACGAUGAUGUGUAUUGAGGUCGUGAGAAAAGAAUUAACUAAAUUUGUG